UUUUCCCUUAUCGAGAUUGAGACCGACACUAACGUUGUCAGCCUCAUAUACCCUCGCCUAGCCUGAUGCAAUGCCGCGGACAGCCGACAGUGACGUGACGAGAGGACAAACGCACCCAGUCACUGUGCAAGAAUUGUUGUGCUACUUCAGCUGUAAACUCUGGGGCCAUACUCGAAAGGAUCACACCUCAGUCACGCAACAUACUUGCCUAGUACACCAUCUUCUCGAAUCACCGCAACCCGAAUUUCGCCGCCGGGUGGCCUUACUUAUCCGCUCGAGGCCGGGGGGGGGCUGGGGCUAUUGCCUACUCGGGUACUUGGUCAUACCGGCAGUUACCUCUCUCACCACCUAGAGUCUUAGGUACAACUGCCCACAAAUUCCAGAACCAAGAAGACGCAAGCUCCCUCACGAUUCCUCAAGCCUGAGAGCAGUUCAAACUCCACCGAAAAUAUCCGACCCAACCCACCUCUACAAUUCGCCUCCUGCGCCGCCGUUGAUCAGACAUUCCCCUAACUAAGCCCGUUAUCCCGCCUCUACUGAUCCGCUCGCC